CACCUUAGACUAUAAAGGAAGCAAAGAGAAAACCCAUCUCAUACUGUAGUGAAACAGGGGGAAGACACAAUGAAUAGAAUUUCAGUUAUAACCUUAACCAUCCUGAUGGUCUCUUGGCAGAUUGUUGGGCUGUGUCCUAUUCCUGCUGACCAACAGCCACUAAUCGCUUCUCUUCUGAGAUCAAUGGUCAGGUCAAUAAACAACCAGUCUUCACCAAAUCCAAGUAUCCUAAUUGGCCUUCGUCUGGCACAGAAUCACAGUCUUGCUAAGGAAAAGCAACUCCUAAAGGCACUGAAGGAUGAUGCAGUCAACCGAGUGCAAAAAGGACUCAAGUUCACAUCAGGAGAGGUUGCUCUUUAUGUAAUGGCCAUAUCAGCUUGCUGUGAAAACCCAGCCAAAGUUUUACAACUGAAAAGGAAGAAUCUGGUACAGCUUUUGUCACAGAAGGUGAACGAUGAACUGGACAGUGUGGAGAUUGCCAGCACCCCACUAACCAAUUUCUACCAGAUUGGCUUGGGAGUUCUCGCUCUCUGUCAGCAGGGUGCAGUGAUUCCAUAUCCUCUUGUCUACCGUCUUCUGAGCAACCCUGCAUUCAGAGAUACAAUUGAUGAUUCUCAGGUCUCCAUUGACACUAUUGCAGUACUAGCCAUGGCUCUCACCUGCAUUAAAGAGCAGUUCACCUGGGACCAGAAGCAGACAACUGACACUACAAUGAAGAUUAUUAUAAAGCAGAUUCUGAAUCAAAAGAAAUCAGAUGGGAUCAUUGGAAAUAUAUACAGCACUGGUCUUGCUGUGCAGGCUUUGACAGUAACCAGCACAUUCUAUAACACCAGUGACUGGAACUAUACCCAAACCAUUCAGAAGGUUCUCAGUGAAAUUCCAAAUGGAACUUUCAGUAAUCCCAUGGCAGCCUCACAGGUCAUCCCAUCACUAGUGGACAGGACAUACUUUGAUGUUACCAAGCUGCAAUGUUCCCAGGACACUGAUAACCUAGAUAUGACAGAGCCUCCAACUGUGCCAGCUACCAGUGAAACUCUCAUCAGAGUACAAUUUACAGUGACAAAUGCUGUGGCAAACAACUUUACUGAUUCCAUUACAAUAUCAUUACAUAAGGGCUCUGUUCUGCUCAGUGUCAUGGAGGAGGCAGCAAAAGAACAGCCAGAAAAGUUCAGCUUUAAAAUUGAGAACUCAUCCUGGGGACCAUUUGUGACAUCUAUUCAAGGUGUUGGACAGAGCACCAAAGACAGGACUUACUGGCAGUUUUUAUCUGAUACAACACCACUAGAACAAGGUGUUGGUGACUAUGUGGUACGUGACGGAGAGAAUAUUACAGCCAAGUUUACAACCUAUUAGUGUAUGGAAAGCAAGGCAGCAGCUUUUAAAUUGGAAACAUUAAUUUCUGUAGAAACUGGGGAUGGUGAUUGUCCUGCAUGCUUUUUCCUGCUUCCAUUACAGUUGAUAAUCUCAGUGUGAUAUCAUCUGAAAGCAUGAAGUUUUAGGCUUUUAUUAAAGAAAAUUGGUGGUCAGUUUA